AUGAUUCCCUCAAUCAUCUGUUCAUUGCUCAUCUUUUAUCAUUUUGCUCGAUUUCCACAAAUUCGUAAAAAACUUAAUAAUCACGUCAUUCUCAUCUUAUUACUUGUUAAUUUUAUUCAAGUAGUCAUAGAUAUGCCAUUAACACUAAUUGUGCUACACACAGGAUUCGUAUUUAUACAAACAGAUGUAUUCUGUAAAUUCUGGCUUGUAUAUAAUUAUGCAGUGUGUGUUAGUGGUCUCACUUUAAUGGCUUAUGGAUGUAUUGAACGGUAUUUUCUUAUCUUUUAUCAUGGAUUUUUUAAGAAACAUUUAAUCUUACUUCAUUAUGGACCAAUACUGUUCUUUCUUAUAUAUCCACCUUUGUUAUACAUUGGAUUAAUCGUCAUAUAUCCUUGUGAAUCCUAUUUUGAUUAUACGUUAUUUACCUGUGGCGGUUCAUGUUACCAAUAUGAGGUCGCUCUUGGUUUAUUUGAUUGGUUUUGUAAUAUAUUUACACCGAUUAUUAUCAGUAUUAUUGCAACAAUAAUUCUUAUCAUUCGUGUACUUCUCCAAAAACGUCGUGUAGGUCAACGUGCUAUCUGGCAACGCAAUCGUAAAAUGGUACUUCAGCUAGCAUCCGUUUCUCUUAUGUAUAUCAUCGUUUGGAUACCAAUUAUCGUUGGUUUUGUAAUUCCACCUAUUAUUCCAAAUGCAUUUAUUCUUCAAUUAUCAUCGGCUGUGUUCAUUUACUUCGAAUACAUAAGCUUUCUUUUUUGUCCAUUUAUGUGCCUAACUGGAUUGCCUGAAAUACGUCAAUCUAUCAAAAACAUAUUUAUACGAAAUAAUAUUAUACAACCGACAAUACAAAUAAAAUAA